CAAUACAUAUUUUCUCAGUCUUUGGAAGUAAACCAAUACUCGUUUUCUCAUCUCACCUAUAUAAAGAGUACUAUACCAUAACGAAUUAACAAGUAAGAAAAGGAAAAAUAAAUUAUCAUUUUAAAAAUGGGGAAAUCCUUUGCUUUGGUGAUCAUUCUCAUAUCUUUUCUUCUUCUUCUUGUCCUUCAAAACCUCGAAGUCGUUAACGCCGUCGGGUGUACCGGAAGCUUUUACAACGAAAAUAGCACUUAUGUUCAGAAUCGCGACGAUAUAUUCUCUACACUUCCUAAUAAAGUAAUUGCCAACGGUGGAUUCUACAACGCUUCACUUGGCAACAGUCCCAACAGAGUUUACGCUCUUGUCCUUUGCCAAAGAGGCUACGAGCAACAAGAUUGUUUCAACUGUGUCCUUAGUGCAACUCGGGGUAUAAAAAAGGAUUGUCCAACCCGAAUGAAUUCGUACACGUGGGACAAAGACGUUGAAGACAAUGUUUCUUGUCUUGUACGUUCCUCAAUCCACUCAACUUUUGGGAACCUCGAGCUUGAACCUGCUGUUCAAUACCCAAGUCCAGAUGGUAUCGAUCCAUCUAAAAACAUGACCCUUUUCGAACAAGAGUGGGAUGGGAUGGUUAACCGGACUGUCGAGGCCGCCACGGGUGCUGAAACUUCCUCUGUACUUAAGUACCAUGGUGCCAUAGAAGCCGAGUUUACCGAGUUUGAAAAUGUCUACAUGCUGAUGCAGUGCACACCGGACAUAACUUCUCAAGAUUGCAAUAGAUGUUUGAGAGAAUGUGUGACGUUAUUUAAAAACCAGUUCUGGGGCAGACGAGGAGGCGAGGUCAAUCGUCCGAGCUGCUUUUUCAGGUGGGAUUUUUAUACAUUCCAUGGUGCUUUUGGUAAUGUUACUAGACUUCCUUCACCUCCGGCUCAGGAGAAGGGGAGCUCUGCAACAGACAAGAAAGGAAGAAGCACAAGGUCUUGGGUAACCAUCGCGAUAUUUGUGGUUCUUACUUUUAUUAAUGUAUUUGUAUCCAUCGGUCUCAUAAAGUUCUUUGCUCGGAGGAGAAAAUCAAACAACGGAAUCAAUGUUGAUAGUGAAGAGCACUCUGAGUCUGAUGGUCAACAUAUGCUACGGUUUAAUCUUGGUAUGAUCUUGACAGCAACCAAUAACUUCUCGUCUGAAAAUAAGCUUGGCCAAGGUGGAUUUGGUACUGUCCACAAGGGGAUAUUACCAAACGGGCAAGAGAUAGCGGUGAAGAGAUUAACAAAAGGUUCAGGACAGGGAGAUACAGAGUUUAAGAAUGAGGUUUCACUCUUGACAAGACUCCAACAUAGGAAUCUCGUUAAGCUUCUUGGUUUCUGUAGUGAAGGAGAUGAAGAGAUUCUUGUCUACGAGCUUGUCCAUAAUUCAAGUCUUGACCACUUUAUCUUCGAUGAAGAGAGGCGUUCACUUCUUUCAUGGGAGCUGAGAUUCAGAAUUAUAGAAGGCAUUGCUCGAGGUCUUCUUUAUCUUCAUGAAGAUUCUCAGCUGAAGAUUAUUCACAGAGACUUGAAGGCGAGCAACAUCCUGUUAGAUGCAGAGAUGAACCCUAAAGUUGCAGACUUUGGGACCGCAAGGUUGUUCGAAGCUGAAGAGACUCGAGCUGAAACAAGAAGAAUAGCUGGAACCCGUGGAUAUAUGGCUCCUGAAUACCUUAAUCACGGGAAAAUCUCAGCUAAAUCUGAUGUAUAUAGCUUUGGUGUUAUGCUUCUAGAGAUGAUAAGUGGGGAAAGAAACAGUAGCUUUGAAGGAGAAGGACUUGCAGCUUUUGUAAGCUUUUGUCCUGAAUUUUCUUUUAUCUUUAAACCUCUCUGUACAGAGUGUAAAACGUAUAUAUUCUUCGUGCAGGCAUGGAAGAGAUGGGUUGAAGGAAAGCCUGAGACUGUAAUUGAUCCUUUACUGAUGAAGGAUCCGAUAAACGAGAUCAUAAAGUUGAUCCAGAUUGGUUUAUUAUGUGUUCAAGAGAAUGCAGCAAAGAGACCAACUAUGAGGUUGGUAAUAGUUUGGUUUGGCAGUGAUACUAUCAUCAUUCCUUUACCUAAAGCUCCUGCUAUGAGUGGAAGUCAAUCUCAAUCUGAAGAUGGCACAAUGUCAAUGAGCAAUGACUCCACGGAGUUGAGUUGUCGUUGAAUUAUAAUGGUGAAACAAAAUGUUGUUUUAACAAAAAAAAGAAAAGAUUUAUUACACCAAAAAAAAGAAAAGAUUUAUGAGCGAUGCUUUUUUAUCAUAAAAAUUCUGUCAAA